CCCCCCCUCGCUUGUACCUCCCCCAUGAUCCAUCCAGUAACGGGAGGGACAGUCCACAAAUGUCCGAAGUGUGGCAAGACCCCAAAGACGGAGACCGGCGGUCGGCGAUACUGCAAAAAACAAGUCUGCUGCAUAGUGCACACUAUGGCUCACCUGAAGACCGAGCCGUGCCCCGUCUGUGUAAAGGAAAACGCCGCCAACGUCAAGACCGUCCCAGCGCCCUCGACAGCUUGAAGACCGAGUUGGCGAUUCGACGCGCCUUGCGGCUCUGGACCCCGUGUGGUUACCACAAUCUCUGGCGCGGGCGGAGAUACAACAUCGUCGUGCUGGCAGAGCACCGAGGGGUCGACCGCUUCGUCGUGCGCUUUUCGCUAAGCGAUUCGGCACCGCUAGCUUACCUGCAGGCUGGCGCAGCCGCUGCCGCGCUGUGUUCGGAGGAAAAAGUUCCUACGCCGCAGAUUUUUGGCACAUACCGCACUGUGGGUCUUGGAAACAUCACAUCAUGCAUCAAGCCGGGCCGCGGCUACGUCUUCACCCGGAGCACAUUCAUCGACGGUCAGCGGCUGUCCGACCUGUGGCCGGGGGCCAGCCUGUGCUUCAAGCAGACCUGUUUGAGAUCUCUGGCAUGCGCCUACAUCCCGCUCAUGAACCGGGAGUUCGACUGCAUCGGUACUCCGCAAGUCAAAGAUGACCGGAAGAUUUCCAUCGGCCCGCUGUACUCCCACGUUCUGGAAGCCGCCCGCGAUCAUGGGCAUGUGGAUUUCGGGCCCUACCGCACCUGGGUCUCCUACGCCACCGCACGACUUGAAGCUCUCAGCAUCGUUUUCCGCCAUCACAGCGCCAUUGUACACAAUCUCGCUCUCCUACGACCAUUAGUUGCGUCUGUUGCGGCUGCCAACGGAUACACGGCUCGAGACACCUUCCGGCUGGUGCACCCAGAUUUACACGGUGGCAACAUCGUUGUUGAUGCGACCGGGAAUGUCCGGGCCAUUCAUGAUUGGGACGGCGCUCGAACACAGCCACUCGACUACGCGGCGAUCUACCCCCCGAACGAAUUUGUUACCAACGGGCCAGACGAGGACGAGCAGGACUCCCAGCUCAUGUCUUGGUUCUGCGAUACCGUCCGCGAGUUGGACUGCCCCACAUGGGCUGAUUCCCUGGGACGCUUCAUAGGCGACGGCGCUGAUCACGACGCGGCUCUAUACCAUCCCGGUCACGAUUUUGCCAACGUCAUCGAAAACCCACUCAGCCUUACGCCGGAAGAGUUUGGCUGGGCGCUGUUUUACAUGCUCAACCGCAUGAAGCUGGCAAGGAUGUUGGAGGUGGACGUUCAUAUUCAAAAGAUGCCUGUGCCGAGGAAGCCCAGAGGAGCCCGGCUCGCCAAGACACUGCGGCGCAUGUAUAGGCCAUGA